CUCUCUCUCUGCCGAAAGAGACAUCGUUCGCUCUCAUCUCCCCCUUGCCCUUGCGAGUCUCCGUCGUGCUCUCUCUCUCUCUCUAUCUGCUCGGAAUCUGCCGUAUUCUCCCUCAAUUCCGUCGUCGACUUGUCGCGUUACGUUUUCAGCCGUGAUCUCCCUUUCUCUCCGCCUUGUUGCCCUCUGUGUGUGUUUUCAGCAUUGCUACUCUCUCUCUCUCGUGUUGCUCUCUCUCUCUCUUUGUGUUUUCAGCCUUGCUCUCCCUUUCUCUCCGCCUUAUUGCGCUCUCUCUCUCUCCGUUUGAAAAUCAGACAUUUAUUUCAAUAUCCUCUUGUACUUGAUGUUUUGGAUGAUGAUGUAUGGUGGAACCUUAUGGAAAUGUGAUGUAUUCUGGGUUGUAUUAAGUUAUAGUUAUAUCGUAUUACAGAUCUGUUACAUGUUAUGAAAUUUAAUUAUGUUCGGGUUCGGGUUUUACGGGUACCCGGUCUCGUGAUCCGGGUAUCCGGGUUUCGGGUACCCGAGUUCGGUGAGAUAGAGACUGAGACAUUCGACCCAAAAAUCCGACGAGACCGAGAUCGAGAUAUCUUAAAAUGUCUGGGCCUGAAACUCGCCUCCCCGUCUCCGAUCGGCCAAAGAUCUCUCCUCUAUAUCUGAGUGACAAAGUUAACCAAAGAAGAAGGAAAGAGUUGGUCGAACCUCAGGGACAUGGCGAAUAGCAAGUACGAGUAUGUUAAGUCAUUCGAAGAGGAGGAUGAAGUUAUGCUUCCCAACUUGAUGGUCGUCUGCAUCGAUGGUCGCGAUUUUUGUCGAUUUUCUCAAGUCCACGAGUUUGAAAAGCCAAAUGAUGAAAUGGCCCUUAACCUGAUGAAUUCAUGUGCAGCCGCAGUUUUAGAGGAGUAUCCUGAUAUAACCUUGGCAUAUGGAUACAGUGACGAGUAUAGCUUUGUAUUUAAGAAAACAUCAAGAUUCUACCAAAGACGAGCCAGCAAGAUACAGUCUUUGGUGGCUUCAUUCUUUGUUUCCGUCUAUGUAACGAAGUGGAAAGAGUUCUUUCCACAAAAGGAAUUGAAGUAUGCUCCUUCCUUUUGUUCGAAAGUUAUAAGUUGUGCAUCAGUCGAGGUUCUUCAAGCUUAUCUUGCAUGGAGACAGCGUGACUGCCAUACUAAUAAUCAGUACAACACUUGUCUCUGGAUGUUAGUCAGAAGCGGGAAAACCAAAAGUGAAGCACACGAGAUUUUGAAGGGUACUCAGAAACAACAGAAAAAUGAGCUUCUUUUUCAGCAAUUUGGCAUCAACUAUAAAAUGCUUCCUGAAUUGUUUCGCCAAGGUUCAUGCCUUUACAAGACUAAGGUGGAAGAAACUGUGAAGCAUGAUGAGAACGGAAAUCCCAUAAAGAGAUUGAGGAGAAGAGCCAUUUUGGUACAUUCAGAAAAUAUUGCUGGGAAAAGCUUUUGGAAUGAGCAGCUCAGCCUUCAUAAGGAUCUUGGUCAUUUCACGGUAGAGGUCAGCAGUAUUGAACGAGAUUAUGUUAGGUCGUUUGAGUUUGAGAACAGAUUGCUACCUUUAACUUGGGUGGUGGUUAGGAUUGAUGGCUGCCAUUUUCACAGAUUUUCAGAAGUUCAUGAAUUUGAGAAGCCCAAUGAUGAGAAGGCUCUGAAACUUAUGAAUUCAUGUGCAGUGGCUGUUCUCGAGGAGGUUCAAGACAUUGUGUUUGCUUAUGGUGUCAGUGAUGAGUACAGCUUUGUCUUGAAGAAGGACUCCAAGUUCUACAAUAGGCAUGCCAGUAAGAUAGUUUCUUCCGUUGUAUCCUUCUUCACGUCAACAUAUGUGAUAAGAUGGAGAGAGUUCUUCCCUCACAAAGAAUUGAAGUAUCCACCAUCCUUUGAUGGCCGGGCUGUAUGCUAUCCAUCAUAUGAAAUCCUCCUGGAUUAUAUGGCAUGGAGACAAGUUGAUUGCCACAUUAAUAAUCAGUACAAUACGUGUUUUUGGAUGCUCGUUAAAUCUGGAAAAACCAAAACCGAAGCACAAGAGUACUUAAAGGGUACGCAAACGCGAGAGAAAAACGAGCUGCUAAGGCAGCAAUUCGGGAUAGAGUACAACUCACUUCCCUUGAUCUUCCGCAUGGGCUCUUCGGUUUUCCGUUGUAAGAAACAGGAAGCUGUGAAAGAAGAAGAUGGAGGAACGUGCAAGAAAGCGGAAGAGGAAGUGGUAACAACGACUGACCACUGCAACAUAAUCGAACGCUGCUUCUGGGAAGAGCAUCCACACAUCCUUGCCGCAUAGACAGACAUGUUAUAGUAACACAUGUAAUGACUUUCAUCAAUUUUUUUUUUUUUUUUUUUUUUUUUGAACUUCUCAAGGGAAGACUUUUAUUCUUUUGAAGAAAGGGGAAUCUUUUAUUGAAAAACAAAACAUAAUAAUAUUAUUGAUAAAGUUAUGGA